AUGCACGGCGUCCUCCGGUCCGAUGGAUCGCUAAACCGUCUGCUGCAUCGUCCACUCCACCUCCACCGACUCCUCCGUCAACACCGUUGUACCACUAAGGCGUUUAUCGCACUUUUCCUGCUUCUCAGUGCUGCUCUCUCCGCUUCACAAGCUACCGAGACGCAAGAGUCGCCUAAUGCGACGGAUCAUACGCGAGACAGCCACGGUGACUCGUCCGCGUCUACUCCCACCAAACCACCGAAGAUCACACCGUUCAACUUCACUCUUUACCACUCCAGUGAUGCAUUGCUGCGCAAGGUUCGCGCUCUUGCUGCUCGGCAUCCCCAUGCUGCAGAGCUUAAGGAGAUAACGAUUCAGUCUUCUGGUGGGUACACGUCAACCCUCACUGCAGUCACGCUACACUGCGAUUUUGCUCAGGGCGCUGCUAUCGGGAAUCCUUCUGUGCGAUCUGCUUCUGAUGCAGGGAACAAGGGGACAGGUGUGCCUGGUGCUGCUGUGGCAGCAGACGGCAACGGGGCUAUUGCAAUGGGUGUUGCGGCUACGGCAAACGGUGACGUGGCGACUGCAAACAGCGGUGGCAUGGCUGUGGCGAGAGAAGCAGGGGAAGCCACAGCGACAGCAGCAGACGAGGGCGCGUUCAGUGGUUUCGGUGGCGAUGCGCACUAUUUCAUGAGGCUGGAGGGUCGCAGCAACGCGUCGUGCAGCAGUGUAGGCACCAUAGAGGGGUUUUCCACAGUCCUCCCCGCGGAGCUGUCUGGGAAGCUGCGCAUUCUUCUUGUGUUUGGGCAGCACGGCAGGGAAGCCAUUACCACUGAGCUGGGCUUUAACUUGCUGAAGGUUCUCGUGGGGGAGAGGGAGGUGGUCGAGAAGAUAGAGACGGGGAAAAGCGACGAGCCAGGAGGAGGGGAGGAAGAUAAGAAGGGAGAGGAGAAGGAAGUGAAGAGUGAAGGGAGAGAGGAGGAGACCGAGGUAGAGGAGGAGGAGAAGGGGGAGAAGGAGGGGGAAGGGAAGGAGGGGACUGUGGGUGGAAUGAGCUGGGAGCAACUGGCACUGAUAUGGCCGCACCUGGUUAUCACGGUGGUGCCCAUGGAGAAUGUGAACGGGCGGAACAAGGUGGAAGCGGGCAAGCUUUGUGAACGCCGAAACGGCCGGGGCGUGGACAUCAACAGGAACUGGGACUGCGACUGGGGCGUGAAAGAAAAGGACUACAACCCUUUAGAGGAGGCCCCUGGCACCCAUGCAUUCAGCGAGCCAGAGGCAGAGGCGAUGAGGCGGCUGGCAGUGUGGUUUCGGCCGCACGUGUGGGUGAACGUGCAUUCGGGCAUGGAGGCGCUUUUUACCCCGCUGGACCACCGGGGGGAUGGCGUUGAUGGGAGCACACUUGCCGCCAUGCAUGCCCUCUUAGAGCACCUGGAUGCGACUCACUGUGGUGCUCGCUGCGUUAUUGGCUCUGGCGGGGGCUUUGUCGGGUGA